GGCUAGCGUCGCUCCUGGACUCUGGGGAAAGGACCGCACCACUUUGGCGAUCCUAAGCAGAGGCUGACAUGCCACGUACGGGACACCCUCAAGGCUGCUCAGCCCGACUAUUCUUGUCUGUAGAUAUAAAUCUCCCUGGAAUGGCCCCAUUUGGCACAGUUGUCGAGUCUAUCUCAAACCAUUCUCAUUCAUCUGGCACCCACAAAACGAAUAGUUACUCUUGAAGACUCGCCUCAGUAUCUGGCCACAAUACCUCUCUGCUCUUUCUAUCGACACCACUUCUGAAACAAACCAACGCUUGUGUCAAAACUUCUCUCCAAGUUUAAAUAUUUAACAUGAUCGCACCCGCUGCUCCCAGACCCAUCAAGCCUCUCCCAGGCACAAAAUAUGGACCCGCGGUGGCAGUAGUCGUCUCUCUUACAGCCGUGGCCACCUUCAUCCGCUGGCAGCUCCAGGUCGAAUCGCGAACCAUGGACCGCAUGUUUGCGCAAUACCAGAACCCGCAGAGCGAAGCCUCACGACAAAAGAUCUUUGGGGAGAUGGGUCAGGCCGACCCAAGGAGAAGUCUCUUCAAUGUCUUGAGCUGGGGGAAAGAGAUGAAGUAAUCAAUUGUCGGUAAUAUCUUGGGCGAAGGGGGAAAGAGUUGGAAGUGUGGCGACAAGACGCGCCUGAGCUUGGCACAAGAGAAAGACUUGGGUGCCUAGGUCGGAGUUUGGGAAUUGCAAUUUUCGGAUACAGCGUGUCUAUUGGGUCAGUACAGACCAGACCAGACCAGACUUGUAUGUCAAUAUUAUUUUGUCUUUACAAC